AUGGCUUCUCGAAAAUGCGCUGCUGUGGUUGUGGGCGCCGGUCCAGCCGGUGUGGCAGUCAUGGGAAAUCUUCUGGAGCGCCAGCUGGGCACAAUAGCCUGGAUCGACCCCAGUUUCGAAGCGGGUAGAGUUCAUCGCAAAUACCGCGAGGUUCCUAGCAAUACGAAGGUCUCCUUCUUCACGUCCUUCGCAACGGCUGUCCAGCCAUUCCGGACUAUAAUCGAUAAUACACCCCUCCCGAAUGCAUUUUCUACAAUGGCCAAACUAGACCAGGAAAAGACGUGCCACCUUCAUUAUGCGGCCGAUAUGGUCCGCGGACUCACAGACGGCCUCGUGAAGAUGAAGCAGGUCUACGCCUGCCAUGGCUUUGUCACAUCAGCUAAUCUAGAAGCUAAGCCUUCUAGCCCUUCUCAAUGGACAGUACGCAUUAAACAGAAUGAUUCUUCCGAGGAGCUUGAAAUUGAGACUUCGCGCCUAAUUCUAUGCACUGGUUCCCACCCAACAAACCUCCCAGUCCCUGUCCCCGGACUCGAUACUCAGACCCUGGACUUGGACACCGUUCUAAAGCCCUCCAAGCUCGCAGAAAUCCUGCCUACACAAACACCUUCCACCAUUGCCGUUGUCGGUGCGUCACAUAGCGCCAUCCUCGCUAUUCUCAAUCUCUUCCAGCUCGCCCGCUCCUCGCACCCCCAAUUACGCAUCAAAUGGUUCACCCGCCACCCGCUUCGCUACGCCGAGGUCAUGGACGGCUGGAUUCUGCGUGAUAACACCGGUCUCAAGGGCCAUGCUGGCGACUUUGCCCGCGCACAACUAGAAGAUGAUAAGCUCUCGACCUCAGAGGUUGGUCAGUUCUUAACUAAGAUCGAUACCUCUGGCGGUGUAAUCCGUGAAUCAUCUCAGUACCAGUGUCAUCUUCCUGGAUGCAGUUACAUUGUCCAGGCCGUGGGCUAUACUCGUGAUCCAUUGCCAAAGCUUACUAAGAAUGGAUCUCUACUCACCUUGGAGUUUGAUCAUGAAACAGGUCAUUUCCAUGAGCUCGGCAAUGGCCCCGUUAUUCCUGGCUUACAUGGGGCCGGUAUUGCCUUCCCUGGGCGUGUAGUCGAUCCUCAGGGUAAUGCCGAGUAUGCUGUGGGUUUCUUCAAGUUCAUGAAGUUCCUGAAGAAAGUUAUUCCUACUUGGGUUUAG